AUGGUUGCGGAUAGCAUCAUCCAAGGGUCAGUUCCUCCCAUGCUGCUGAAUUCGUUAGUUUUCUUUUGGGACUUGAAAUUCCAAUUCCCAGAGGACCCCAGCCUCCACGGACUGGUCGAGCUCGCACACAGAACACAAAGAACACAAAAGACUAACGUCAAAUUCCAGUGCUCUGAGAUUCCUCUUCGCGUCUUGAUGCCCAAAGAUCAGAUUAUUCCAGCCUUGAUCAUCUAG